AGGAGUGGCACUGCCUUGGACGAGGCAAGCAAGAGGGAGAGCGGCGCAAGCAGAUGGCAGCUGCCACGACGACGCCGGCGGCGGCCGCGGCGCAGUGCGUCCACAUCGAGGCCGUGCAGACGGCCGUGCCGACGCGCGUCGUGGAGCCCGGGAGGACGCGCGUCGUCGCCGUGGCGGCGCCACCGCUCCCCGCGGAGGCGCUGCAGCGUCGUGUCCGCGCGGUGCUCUACUACCGCGCCGGGGCGGCGGCGGCGGCGGCGCCGUGCGCGUGGGAGGACGGGGUGUGGGUGAAGGAGUCGCUGAGCGAGGCGCUGGCCGACCACCCGGAGAUGGCGGGUCGGCUCCGGCGCCGCGCUGACAGGUCGUGGGAGGUGAAGCUGAACGACACCGGCGUGCGGCUCCUGCAGGCGACGGUGGACGCGCCCCUCGACGAGUUCCUCGCCGCCAAGGACCUGGCUCGCCGGGAGCUCGCGCUGGCGCCGUGGACCGACGUGAACGCCGACGACCCCGACAUGUGCCCCCCGUUCUUCAUGCAGCUGACGAGGUUCCAGGGGGACGGCGGCUACGCCGUCGGCGUGAGCUGCGCUCUGCUGCUGGCCGACCCGCUGUCGCUGGCGAGGUUCCUCCAGUCGUGGGCGCGCACGCACACGCGCAUGAAGGCGCAGAGCAAGGCCGCCGCACACCCGGUGGUGCAGUACCUGGCCUACUUCCAGCGCCCGGAGACCAGCCGCAAGCGCGUCAGGUCCGUCCCGAUCGACUCCUUCGCCGGCGAUGGCGCAGCCGAGACCGUGCUCUUCAGGACCGGCGCGGCGGCGCCCGCGCCGGACGGCCACCACCGCGCGCUCGCCGCGGCAUGCGUCGACCAGGCGAGCAGGGCGCUCGGCGCGGCCAGGGCGUCGCGGCUUUCCGUCGUCGUCGUCGCACCCGCCGCCGGGGACGAUGGCCUUGUCGGGAAGGCUACCAUCGAGACGUGCACGGCGGACGACGGCCCGCAGGCGUGGUCCGGUACUGGUGGCGCCGGCACCUCGCUGGAAGCUGUGCAGUGGAGCGAGCUGGGGCUGGAGGAGCUGGUCCUCAGGGACAGCAAGCCCGUGCGUGUCUCCUGCAGCAUCGUGACCGCCGGAGACGAAGGGCUCGUCGUCGUGAUGCCAGACGGUGCUGGAUCUUUGCUUGUCACGGCCACUCUUCCCAAGUAGAUCAAGAUGCAGAUGUGCGUUGCUGCCGAUCGAUCGCGAGCUAGAUAACAAUAUAUUUGUGUAUGACUACGAAAUGUUUCAAUCAAGCGCAGAAGCGCAGAGCUAGCUUGUGCUCGUCAAGGUCGAAAACCAAUUAUAUGUAAACCUUUUUUUAUGGGGAUAUGUAAACGUAUUUGUUUCGUGACCA